GUAAUGCCGCACUGGGCGUGAGCUCACAGGAAAAAGACAUCGUCCCGAGCCAAUCAGAAGCUUUAACCACUGCUAGUGACCAACCGGCGCAGCGGGUGGACGGGCACUGCAAAGCUCGCGGUGUUCUGUUGAAUUCCAUUGCCGACCAUUAAAAGAACUGGGGAUUGAGUGGGGAAGAGAGCGAGAGCUGCGCGAGACAGAAGGUGAUAUUUAAAGAGACAGAGAAAUUAAUAAGACGGAUUUGGAAAAAGAGUCGUCGCGCAGCGUUGCAAGCGUGGAUUUCCACUGGUUGGACCCUUUCCCUCCCCCCCCAAAUUGGAAAGGCUCUCAAGAAAGAAAGCGCAGACCCUUCGCUCUUGCGUUGUAUUAUUUAGAAAAAGGAAAAGGCUCCUCAUUCCACACGACUGGAUGUUGUUUCUGUCAUGAGUCCGGCCGGGUGCUCCCAUGUGAACAGCUUUAAGGUGGAGAACUGGAGACAGAACCUCAAAGUCAUCUACCAGUGCUUUGUGUGGAGCGGGACCGCAGAAACCAGGAAACGAAAGGUGCGUCACAAAGAGGCUGGAUGGACGUCAGCGGCCAAGUCUUGUAUAUGUCACAUGUGUGGUGCCCACCUGAACCGACUCCAUUCCUGCCUCUACUGUGUCUUCUUCGGCUGCUUUACAAAGAAGCACAUUCACGAGCAUGCGAAAAACAAGCGGCACAACUUAGCCAUUGACCUCUUAUACGGGGGCAUCUACUGUUUUGUGUGUCAGGAUUACAUUUACGACAAAGACAUGGAGCAGAUUGCCAAAGAAGAACAACGCAAAGCCUGGAAGCUGCAAGGGGUCGGGGAGAAGUACUCAACGUGGGAGCCCACCAAACGAGAAUUGGAGUUGCUGCGACACAACCCUAAACGGAGGAAAAUAACUACAAAUUGCACCAUAGGUCUUCGAGGCUUAAUAAACCUAGGGAACACAUGCUUUAUGAAUUGUAUCGUCCAGGCACUUACCCACACUCCUCUCCUGCGGGACUUCUUCCUCUCCGACCGACACAAAUGUGAAAUGCAGUCCAACUCCUGCCUGGUGUGUGAAAUGUCGCAGCUCUUUCAGGAGUUUUACUCUGGACAUCGAUCUCCUCACAUUCCCUUUAGGUUGUUGCACUUGGUGUGGACGCACGCACGGCAUCUAGCAGGGUACGAGCAGCAGGAUGCCCACGAGUUCCUCAUUGCUGCACUCGACGUAUUGCACAGACACUGCAAAGGUGAUGACAAUGGAAAAAAGGCCAACAACCCGAACCACUGUAACUGCAUCAUUGACCAAAUCUUCACGGGUGGGCUGCAGUCCGAUGUCACCUGUCAAGUCUGCCACGGUGUUUCCACAACUAUAGACCCCUUCUGGGACAUCAGCUUGGACCUGCCCGGCUCCUCUACGCCCUUCUGGCCUCUUAGUCCUGGCAGCGAAGGGGGUGUCGUCAACGGUGAAAGCCACGUGUCCGGAACCACUACGCUCACAGACUGUCUACGCAGGUUUACGCGACCAGAGCAUCUAGGAAGCAGUGCCAAAAUCAAAUGUAGUGGUUGCCAUAGUUACCAGGAGUCAACCAAACAGCUCACAAUGAAGAAAUUACCCAUAGUGGCCUGUUUUCAUCUCAAACGGUUUGAACACUCUGCAAAGUUACGACGGAAGAUCACUACAUACGUCUCGUUUCCUCUGGAGUUAGACAUGACACCGUUCAUGGCUUCCAGUAAAGAAAGCCGAAUGAAUGGCCAGUAUCAGCAGCCAGUCGACACUUUAAACAACGACAACAAGUACUCCUUGUUUGCUGUAGUCAACCAUCAGGGAACGCUGGAGAGCGGCCAUUACACCAGCUUCAUCCGCCAACACAAGGACCAGUGGUUUAAAUGUGACGACGCCAUCAUCACCAAGGCUAGCAUCAAGGACGUCUUAGAUAGCGAAGGGUACCUGCUGUUUUACCACAAACAGUUCCUCGAGUACGAGUAGCCUGACGGGGGGCUUUCAAAUCGACACACAGACCUACCUGAAACUCUGGAAGAGAAAUUG